UUUUUUUUCCAUACUGAAGCUGAAAGGCAGAACGCGACGGAGAGGAAUCCAGAUGUUGCUGGGAACUUUAUUUUUUCAGUUUAAUGUCACAGAAGAGGGUGUUUCCGGUUUCCGUGUUUACGUGAGCUGGACCUAAAGGCGCACGAGCACGAGGCAGUGCUAACCUGACGUUAGCUUAGCAACGACGAGCGGCUCGUUCAGUAGGAAUUUAAGGUGUCGCCAGAAAAACAGUGGCAGAUAGCUUUGUAUAAUAAAAGGAGCUCUUGAGUUGACGUGUGUGUGUGUGUGUGUGGGGCUCGCGUCUCCAGUCCAGCGUCAUGCAGUUUGGAUAAAAUGCAAGUUUGUUGUCAGUACUAGCCCUAGCACUGAGUGUGUGUGUGUGUGUGUGUGUGUGUGUUUAAUGUGUGCUGCUGUAAAUGAGCUGCAGUCCUCCUCUGAUGGCCGCUGAACACACCACUGGCCUGUAAAUCCGCCUUUUCUCGUGAAAUUCCUCGACGACUGAUUCAAAUACAGGAGGAAAAAUACAGGAAAGGUGUGUUUUUAUUGCUGGAAAGGACCUGAAGGAUGGCUGCCACUUUAUCAGCAGAGGAAGAGCAGGCCACUAAGCAGUUCCUGGAGGAGAUCAAUAAGUGGACAAGUCAGCAUGGAGUCUCUCCCCUGACCUGGGAUGUGGCCGUGAAGUUCCUCAUGGCGCGAAAGUUUGAUGUCCUUCGGGCCAUAGAACUCUUCCACAGCUACAGGGAGACACGUCUGAGGGAGGGCAUUGUCAAGCUACAGCCCCAGGAAGAGCCGCUGCGCUCUGAGCUCCUGAGCGGCAAGUUCACUAUCUUGGGAGUAAGAGACCCCUCAGGUGCCUCCAUUGCUCUGUACACAGCUAAGCUGCACCACCCGAAUAAAACAGGCAACCACGUGGUGCUCCAGGCUCUGUUCUACCUGCUGGACAGAGCGGUCGAGAGUUUCGAGACGCAGAGGAACGGCCUCGUCUUCAUCUACGACAUGGCCGGAUCCAACUACACCAACUUCGAGCUGGACCUCAGUAAGAAGAUCCUCAACCUGCUCAAGGGUGCGUUUCCUGCUCGGCUGAAGAAGGUGUUCAUCGUCGGCGCUCCCGUCUGGUUCCGAGUGCCCUACAACCUGCUGAGCCUGCUGCUCAAGGAGAAGCUCAGAGAACGGGUCCAGAUGGUGAAGAUGACCGAUCUACUUCAGCACCUUCCCAGAAACUGCCUGCCCGAGCACCUGGGUGGCUGCUUGCCUCUGGACGUCCAUGGCUGGAACCAGCGUCUGCUGGCCGAGCAGAACGGCCGCGUGGAUCCUGUCGAUGAACUUCUGGGCGUCCCGCUGGCGACCUCAGCGGUACACACGCCAGGCCCGGACGCUAUGCGACUCCCCGAGUUCACAGCUCACGUGGCUCGGGCGCAGCGAAGCGGAAUUUACCACGAGUACGAAGAGCUCCGUAAAGAGCCGCCGUCCGGGACCUUCCACUGUGCCCUGGCUCCGUACAACCAGGAGAAGAAUCGUUACGGUGAUGUCCCGUGUCUUGAUCAAACACGUGUACGUUUGAAAGCCAGGAGGAAUGAGAGAUUGGACUACAUCAAUGCCAGCUUCAUGGACGGCUACAAACAGAGGAACGCAUACAUCGGAACUCAAGGGCCGCUGGAGAAAACCUAUAACGAUUUCUGGAGGAUGGUGUGGGAGCAAAACGUGCUAGUCAUCGUCAUGACAACAAGGACAGACGAGGGCGGCAGGAAGAAGUGUGGACAGUACUGGCCUCUGCAGGAAGGAGGACAGGAAGUUUAUGGACACAUAGCUGUGGUUACCCAGAGAGUGGACAACCAUUCCCAUUACAAUCAGACCAUUCUAGAGCUGCAUAACACAGAGACGUGCGAGCAGAGGCAGGUGAGCCACUUUCAGUUCCUGAGCUGGCCCGACUACGGCGUCCCCUCCUCAGCGCUCUCUCUGCUCGACUUCCUGAGCACGGUGAAGAGACAGCAGAAGAGGGCAGUGAAAGCUCUGGGCUCACAGUGGAGAGGUCAUCACCUGGGUCCACCGAUGGUUGUCCACUGCAGCGCAGGCAUCGGCAGGACUGGUACGUUUUGUGCUUUGGACAUCUGUCUGUCCCAGCUGCAGGACGUUGGGACACUGAACGUGUACCAGACGGUGAGGCGUAUGAGAACGCAGCGCGCCUUCAGCAUUCAGACACCCGAACAGUAUUAUUUCUGCCACACUGCCAUCCUUGAGCACGCCCAGCGUAACGGACAGGCCACCUCUAAUCAGUGAGAGACAGAGCCUGUCAGUGGCUCGGUCGGUAAUGGGAAUUUUUAAACAUUUGCCACGGACCCCCCCAUGUCUCCCUGACAUUCACUCCAAGCACAGUAUUUUUUGACUGUUGUAAAAUUGCUGAUGUGUUAAAAAAAAAAAAAAAAAAAAAAAAAAAAAAAAAAAGAAAAAGUGCCACCGUAAUAGCAAUCAUAGCCAAUGCUGUUUUGCCAUGAGGCCUAAAUCUCUGCUGAAGAUCCAGCUGAAGACUCAGUAAGAUCAUGUGUCUUGUAGCUAAUCAGUAACGCUGUAUCAAUCAGAAGUGUUCACAAUUUGGUUGAAUGUUCAUAAGUUCUCAAGAACCAGUAAGCUGACAGUUCAUAAAGUGUAGCCGUCUAAUCAAACGAUGUCAAAAAUAAAUGGUUUUAUCCCAUCGGGUUUGAAUUUACACUCAGCAAAAAGGCAGCAAUUAUUAAUAACAAAGUAGAACAGAAAAUCUGCUUGAACAAGAGAGUGGACUUUCAAUUCAUUUUGACCGCAGCUCAGUUAAGGGACCUGUGCUGAUUUAUUCCGACAGAAAAUAUCACCACUGAAUUAGUCUAACGCUUCAAAAGUACUCGUUAUUUUCCUUUUGACUACGACUUCACACUGGACGCAGCGUGUUGGGCCUCUGUCCUGUUAGAGUCCAGCAGGCUGAAGUCUCAACCUACAUUUACUGUAUUUAACAAUAUGAAUAUGUAGCACUAUUCACAAAUGGACUGCUUCCCACAGUUACCCAUGGUAAAUAUAUACGUUGUCUGGGUUUUCUAUUAGCUUUUAUAUUUAUAUUCGAAACUAGCUCCACUGUACAUUGUCCAUAGGAAACAGUGGGCCUCAUUUAUCAAUCUUUUAGUAAAGUUGUGUGUAAAUGUUUGUGUAAGACAAACCGAAAUAAAAAUUUCUGCCGGAUUUAUAAACUUUUCAGAAACGCUGAUUUUCUUCAUACUCACAUGUGUAUGUUGUUGAACGCCAAACAUAGCAGGCGUGUGCACGGCACAGCUGAUUUGCAUUUGCUGACGCCCACAAAACUCCAUAAAAGGCGAAGCUCGCAGCGCUGAAAUGACGAGUAAGCGACAAAAAAAGACUUUCUCAGAGGUAGAAGUGGAAGUUAUUUUGAGUCCCGUCUAUGCCAAUAAAAAUACACACUUUUCAGCACCUGAAAAGGACAAAGUCGAGAACUGAAUUACAGAAAAAGGUGAAUUUGAUAUGAAUGAAGUGAGGUGAAAAGAAAAUGGCUUGAAAAUAUAUUUGAAUAUAUCUCCUGUACCCAGGUGUUCAUGGACAAGAAGCACAUCUCGUAGGAUAAUUUUUUUUUUUAAUUCAAAGCAAGGCGUCUCGUCGAAUGUUGACCAGAAAUCCCUCACACACCAACGCACCCUCCCUGAUGCCAUGUCAUAGGAAGCCUGAUGUUGGCUCUCAGAACACUAGGGAGUAAACGGCACAUUGCAGCUUGAGACGUACCAGAUCGGUCACUUAUCAGUCACUCAGUGCUGCCUCUAAUAAAGUGUUGCACAGAAUUAAAAGAACGCGCCUACUGUUUAAAUUUGACGUUAUAAUCCGUAUAUAAAAGUCCAGUAAUCCAUGCAACUGAUAUGAUUUGAAGCGGAUCAGCCGAGGUUUACGUUAGUUCAUCAUCUUGUGCGUAAAUUUACACACAUUCAGAAGCACGAGUAGGAUAUACUCGUACGAACGAUUUACAAGUAUCCAGCUUGAUAAAUGAGACCCAGAUGUUUGUACCAGUGGAUUUAUGAAAUGGAUUUGUUUUGUUUACUGAACACCUUCUCUUCAGUGUCUGUGAGAUUAUUUUAACAUGCGAUGAAGCUGCAGCAAGUUGUCUAAACUCGUUCUUUUCCUACGCUUCAUUUCACAGUAGUGCUGCGGAUGAACCUCCCUUGCUUAUUAUGAUUAGCAAAUACUGAAUGGUUAUUGAAAGUGUUUCAAUUUUCAAACAAUAUUAGACCAUGACACUUUUGUUUUGGAUUUUUUUUUUUUUUUUUUUUAACUACAUGAACAAUUUAGACCUUUAGACCAAUUUGAGUUUGUAUUUACCAUUUGCAUUAAACAUCAUUUCACCAGCAGAGCUGAAAAGUAGAAAGAUUAAAAAUAUAUAUAUUUUCAAAUUCCAUUUAAAUGAUAAACAGACAUUUCCCACCUAUUUUCCUGCUAUAUUUCAUUUCGGAUUAUUUCAGCUUCAUGAGGUCCUGCCGUAUUUUGGUUUAUGUGCUCAGACACUAACAGCAGGCCCUAAAUAUAGGCCAAAUAUAUCACAGACUGCAAAUGAUCACAUCAGAAAUCAGCAAGGCAAAAAAAAAAAUAACCUGCUGUACGUCCAAUUAUCCAAACACGUCUGGUGCACUCAUAAUUAGAAUAUGAAUGUGUACAAAGUAUGAUUAUGUGGAAGAAAAAUGAAAUAAUAGAAAAUAACAGUCUGUACCGUAAGCAUGUACGCCUGUUGUGUCAUUUUUAAAUUCAGCAUCCCGAGUAAAAGUGUCAGUGUCUAAUCUUUUCGAGCUCGCUGCAUAAAACAUGUCCUGUCUGGCAUUUUGAUGGUUUGAACGACAACUAAAUUGCAGGUGAUGUAGUCGAAAAUGUGAAGGUUUUUUUUUUUUUUUUUUUUAAAUGUGACAGACAAUGUAAAUACUGUUCUGAGCUGAUAGUCAGUAUUUUCAUUAUCUGGCACUAAGCUGUGUUUUUACAGCCUGUAGGCAUCUUUUUUUACAGUGUGGGAGAGUUGUUUUUCCUUUACAAAUUCCACUCGACCGCUUUGGAGCUCUUAUGGGAUUGGACAGCGACUGCAUUGCACUCCAUCUCCGGCUUCUGCUUUGCUUCUUUGGGCCGGAUGUACUCGCUGAUAUAAAACACCCCUUUUACUGUGGUUUGUAGAUGCUGUUGCUUAAAUUACUGACGUAAAAGUAUCGCUUAUUUCUCACAUCUCUGUAUAACCAUAUGAAAGCACUUUCAGUCAGGUGUUCACUAUGUGCAUUCACUGUAUCUGCAGACGUUGUGUAACAAAACAGGACUAAAACACCACAUAUUCCAUAGCUGAUAUAACGUUUUAUACUGUGGUGUGAUAAAUGCAGUUAGUUGUAAAAUGACCGAUGUGCAAAAUUAGACAGUGUUCCCUGUUAAUCAUCUGUUUUUGUCGUUCACGGUUGUAACUGCGAUACUUGUCAUGUUUCGUAAUAUCAUGUAUUUUGUUCUUGGGUAUGUAAACCAUUGCUACUCAAUUCAUAUUGAAUUUGCUUGUAGUGAAGCGUCUUGUAAACACUUGUAUGGACGCGUAUGAAAGUAUAGAAAUAUAGAAGUUCUUCAAACAAUGGACACAAAAAUUAACCAACUUUAUUUUUCUAUUAUACUCAACAAACUACUUCAUUUGCAAAUAGCUACUUAUAUUUUUUCUCAUUCUGUAACAUGUUUGUUUGUUUGAUUUUUAUGGUCAUGUAAUCAAAGUAUAUAAUCGAUAGUGCCAUGCCAUGCUGUCCGCUUCUACAUGUCGAACACUUGAAUUUAGGACCAAGUACUUUUGAUUCGAAGGAGAAUGUGUAAUAUGAGGCUGUGCUGAAAUGUGGCGUGGAGAGCGAAGUCCUGUACCCUGAUUCAGGGACAAGUGGACUCUUGUAAACUAAGAAUUCCAAGUUACUGUUAAAAAAAAAAAGAAAAAGAAAUUAAACAGAGAUAUCAUUUCAUCA